AUACACGGAAGUGGGUCGUAAGUGAGCGUGUACGGACGCAAACCUAGCUGUCUUUCAUUUGCUGCUUUUAUUGAAAAUAUUAGCGGUAUUGUCAAAUGAACUUGACCGGAGUGUUUUUUCCGUUAACGCGACCGGCAAUGUUAAAGUAAAUGUCGAGGAGCCGGGAGCACGUGCGGCCGGUUAGCGCUGCUGUUAGCUGCUAGCUAGCUGUUAGCCUCCAGCUGUGAAGGCAACAUGUCUGCGGGCUAUCCCACUCCAGUUUACUCUCAUGCUGGAAGAGGAGACUUCCGAGAUGUUUACGAGCCUGCAGAGGACUCUUUCCUGUUGAUAGACGCUCUGGAGAAAGAUGCAGAGAAGCUGCAGCUCAUGAGCCCGUGUGUGUGUCUGGAGGUGGGCAGCGGUUCAGGAGUGGUGUCAGCAUUUCUGGCAUCGGUGGUUGGACCUUCAGCUUUAUAUCUCUGCACUGAUGUCAAUCCUGCAGCAGCACAGUGUACCGCAAAGACAGCGUCCUGUAAUAACGUGUCCCUGCAGCCAGUCAUCACAUCCCUGGCGGAGAGUCUUCUGCCCCGCUUGAACGGCAAAGUGGACGUCCUUCUCUUCAACCCUCCCUACGUGGUCACACCGUCCGAGGAGGUCGGCAGCAGAGGUUUAGAGGCCGCCUGGGCUGGAGGGCAGCGAGGACGAGAGGUGACCGACAGAUUUCUGCCUGCCGUAGCCCAGCUGCUCUCCACUGAAGGGUUGUUUUACCUCAUAACCAUUGCUGAGAACGAUCCAGAGGAGAUCAUCCGACUACUGGCCCAGUGCGGUUUGGUGGGAGAGUCAGUCCUGUGUACGAGAGCCAGAAACGAGAGGCUCUCCGUCCUGCGUUUCCACAGAAGGUGAUGUGUCCGUCCUCUCCCAGCUGGACGGCCCCGCUGGCUACCAGCUCCAGAGCAGCGGGGAAGGCUCGGUGCUCGGCUUCUCGGAUUCUGUCGCACAGGCUCUCCUCUGUGUCUCCCGCCAUCACUGGCACCGCC